GACGACGUACGCACAAUCUUGAGCCCAGCCCAAAGUGAAUCGCUGAAUCGAUGCUGCUCCGAGUGCUGUGUCCUUUUGUGGUCCUCGUCCUGGUGACCCUGCAGCUGAAGGUGGGCGGCAUGGCCAUAACCAAUGGACACUGCCAGAAGAACAUCAGUGUAAAGUACCAGGUGCCGGUUUCCAAGAACCGCAAGGCAGCUACUUUAAAUUCCAGCCAUCCGGUUGAUUUGGAUAACUACGUGGUUUUCGAGGAGCGAGUGCGUUGGGACAACAUCCAGGUUUGCUGUCCGGGCUACAGGACUAUUCUGUUUGGCUUCUGUGAACCGGUUUGCCAGGAGGCGUGUCCCGCCCACAGCUACUGUGCGGAACCCGAUCGAUGUCACUGUCAACGAGGUUACGAGCCAUCGCACCACCACACCACCCACCGGCCCACGGGUCAUCAGCUGGUCUGCCGACCAAUCUGCCAAGGUGGUUGCCCCGAACACAGCCACUGUGUGGCUCAUAAUGAGUGCGAGUGCCGGCCAGGAUUCAAGGACUCGAGCAGCUGGUUCAGCAUGAGCCUCCGCUGCGAGAGGAUUCAGUGUGGCCACGAGCAGCGAUACGAUCCGGGAAGACGCGCCUGUGUCCAGAUCGAAAUGAGCAUGGAGGAGCUGAUGCAGCGAGUGGCCGAGCGACUGGCCAAAGGACUUGAAGCGGAAGCGGAAACAGAAGCCACCACGGAAACCUAUAAGCCGUAAAGUGAGGAGAGGUGAAUCCUUACUUCUUAAUUCAAUCAAAAUCUUCAAUAUUUUAUGUAACAAACUUUUUA